GUCCCCUUACCGCCAUUCAGUGAUCCAGAUGCCUUUCACUAGUACUGCAUGUCUGCCGUAAGGCUUGCAUCAAGUGGAGGCAGUGAGCCUUGUGUUCGACUUCAGUAUUUAGCUAGCAUCCCGUUGAUUGGGCCCACCUUUUUUUUGUCAGUUCGAACUCUCACAUUGAGUUUUGUGAGAUGGAAGAGUGUAAAGGUCUCUCCUCGAAUGCCGAUCUUGCUGGCAUCGGUGUUCGGGCGGCUUUUUACCUCCAGAGUUUAUUGAAUACUGUAAUGGUUGUAGUGUCUCCUCGUGACUCUGUUGCUAGUGCUUGGGCAGGUACCUUGUUGACAAUGGCGCUCAUCAUUGCGGCCAUGGUACAGAAGAUUAAACUGCAGUUGACGCUGCACCAUGCUACUCUGGUACUGAACUAUGCCACCUUAUCUUGUAUAGGAUCCCUCGCCGUUUCUCCACUGCUACCUAUUUGGCGUGUUAACCCGAAUUCUAAGGACCUUCCCUUCGGUGACAGAGACACACUGCAUUUUCGAACGCAAACACAACACUAUGAUGAAGCUGUAGAAACGGAAGCCGAUCGUGAACCUGCCCAAGAACAAACUCCUGAGGACCUAGUGGCAAAGAAAGAGGCAUCUAAGGAGAAGCGACGCAAAGAACAGAUUCGAGAGCGCGCAGUUCUCUCGCUUGCUCUGCUCACCCAGGUGGUGCUGCAAUGGGCGUGGGCGACACUAUUAUUCACCUCGCCACUGUACAGCCAAACAGAGUGUAAUGAUGGGACCGUGGUGAUACUAUUUAUGCAUGUGUUCUCCGCGAAGGAGAUUAACGAACGGCUUUUUUUCGUCUGGGCGUUCUGGCUAGCAUUCUCUCUGGGAAUCACCCUCUCGCUUACUAUUUCCCUUGCUAUGUCUGGACAGAGUCGCGCACACCACUUGAUCGUACUGUCUCGCCGUACUACCAUAUCUUUCCUUGAGAACUCUCAUCAUCCCAGUGACUGCUCGAAUGAUCUCAGCACCGCACACAUGCAGCCUCCUGUGCCGUGGUGGAAGCGGCACUAUCUGGUACUGUCUAUAGGGCUGAAACCUUACUUCAGGGAUCGCGAACAAGUUCGCGUUUUUCUGACAUACAUUUUUUCAUUCGUGUUUUGGAUUCUGCUUAUAAUCACAUCGGAGUGGCAGCCGAAGAUGAACCAAAUUGAGGAUGGUGAGAACGACUUCGCAGGUUUUGGUCAAAUCACGGCUAUUCUCUUGUCAUUGGCCCCUUUGUGGAGUUUGACCGUUGCACUUUACCGAUAUCCCGCCCUUCGCAAAACUCUGAGGAGACGACAGCUAGCUGCAGCAACAGGAAAUGGUAGAAGAACUCUUGUCCUCGCACCCGUACAUUCAAGGCAAUCGUUACCCUAGUCAAACGAGGCCAUCGGACCUCGCUCGUUAACACCGACGAAUGAGGCGACAUCGUCGCUCACUGAGCAUACAUUAUCGCUUAGACCAUCUCAAGAGGGAAUCGAUAUAGUCUCUUUGAAGCAGAAACGUAACCUUCGUGCCUCAGGAUAUCUAAUUGAUGGAGCAAUACCAACAGCAGAGACCGGUGUCAUGUAUCUAUGAACAAUACACAUAUCCCGUCAUCUCGAAGCGGACAUGGAUUACUUACCUUAGGAGUAUUUCCAGUUUUCUUAUAGUAUUAACAUUGUACUUGUAGUCACGUAUGUACGCAUAAGUAUAUCCUCUCGUUCG